CCCUUCCCUUCCAUUACCUGGCCCUCCCUCCUCGAGUCGUCGAUGCAACCAAUCCCCUCUUCCCUUCUCCAUCUCAGAUUCCAACACCGCGUCGGCGUCGCGUGCUCGCCAAAUUCCAAACCCCAAUUCCUUCCCCCGACGUCCAUGCUUCUCUCCGCCGCAUCGUCCUCUCCCGCCGCCGUUCGCCCCCGCUCUUGUUGUAGCCUCUGCCCCUGUUGUUGUUGUUCUUGUUGUUGUCGCUGCUGAGGUAUCUGGCUAGGGUUCCGGUUUCGCGUUAAUCGAUUGGGGGGAAUCAUGGAUCUCUCGCGGCCCGAAUCGUCGGACCUCUCGCUCGGCCUCCACCCGCACGCCCACGCCCGCGUCCACGCGCGCGCCGCCCCGCUGCGGCUGUUCAACGACUCGGAUGACGUGAAGACGGAGGGCAGCUUCGGGGGCGGAGAUGGCGACGAAGGGGACGACGAGGGGGGAGACCAGCACUUCUCCCUCCUCGGCCACUCGCUCUGCGUCAAGCGCCCGCGCCGCGCGCUCUACGGAGGCGGCGGGGGUGGAGGGGGAGGAGGAGGGGAGUCGUCGUCCUGCUCGUCCUCGUCUUCGGCCCUGCGCCCCGUGAAGCGUCAGGCGGCCGGGGAGCGCAGCGCGGAUCUGGAGGCGCGACGCGGCGCGGUCCGCGCGUGGGGGAACCAGCCGCUGGCGGAGGCCGAUCCGGACGUGCACGAGCUCAUGGAGCGCGAGAGGGAGCGCCAGGUGCGCGGUAUCGAGCUGAUCGCGUCCGAGAACUUCGUCUGUCGCGCGGUGCUCGACGCCCUCGGCAGCCACCUCACCAACAAGUACUCCGAGGGGCACCCGGGGGCUCGGUACUACGGUGGAAAUCAGCAUAUCGACGCCAUCGAGCGUCUCUGCCAUGAGCGCGCACUCACCGCCUUUGGCCUCGACCCAGCCUGCUGGGGUGUCAAUGUCCAACCCUACUCCUGCACCUCCGCAAACUUAGCUGUCUACACAGGGCUCCUCCUCCCCAAGGACCGCAUCAUGGGCCUUGAGCCGCCAUCUGGUGGCCAUGUCAGCCACGGUUACUACACGCCUAGUGGUAAGAAGGUGUCUGGGGCGUCUAUUUUCUUUGAAAGCUUGUCAUACAAGGUGAAUCCACAGAAUGGGUAUAUUGAUUAUGACAAGCUCGAGGAUCGGGCAAUGGAUUUCCAUCCCAAGAUUCUUAUCUGUGGUGGGAGCUCAUACCCCAGAGAGUGGGACUUUGCACGGAUGAGGUUGAUAGCUGAUAAGUGUGGCGCAGUCCUCAUGUGCGACAUGGCGCACAUUAGCGGGCUUGUUGCAGCAAAGGAAUGUCGCAGUCCAUUCGACUACUGUGAUGUUGUAACGUCAACUACUCACAAGAACCUAAGGGGUCCUAGAGGUGGAAUAAUAUUUUUUAGGAAAGGGAAAAAUUUAAGGAAGCGGACUGGAUCUUUUUCUCAAGGGGAUGACAAUGAUUACGACUUUGAGGAUAAGAUAAAUUUUGCAGUUUUCCCUUCCUUGCAAGGAGGGCCUCAUAACAAUCAUAUUGCUGCCUUGGCAAUAACUCUGAAGCAAGUAGCGACCCCUGAAUAUAAAGCAUACAUUCAACAGGUCAAGAAAAAUGCUCAAGCUUUGGCAUCAGCCUUGCUCAGACGAAAAUGCAGAUUAGUUACUGGGGGCACUGAUAAUCACUUGGUACUUUGGGACCUCAGAACUUUUGGCUUGACCGGGAAAAACUUUGAGAAGGUCUGUGAGUUAUGCCAUAUCUCUAUAAAUAAGACCCCAAUAUAUGGGGACAAUGGCUCAAUAUCUCCUGGCGGUGUGCGGAUUGGAACACCUGCAAUGACUACUAGAGGUUGCCUGGAGGAGGACUUCGAGGUGAUUGCAGACUUCCUCAUCAGGGCAACACAGAUAGCUGGCAAUGUUUUAAAAGAGCAUGGAAAAAAGGAAUUUCUGAGAGGUCUGGAGAACAAUAAGGACAUCAUAGAACUCGGUAAUCAGGUUGAGAGUUUUGCUUCGCAGUUUGCGAUGCCAGGUUUUGAUGUAUGACUGUACAUAUAUAUUACAUCUUCUUGAGGAUUGUCCAGAUUCAUCAGCAAAUAGCAACUGUUUUGUUAUCAGGCUGUUCAUAUACUGUAAGCUGUUGCUUUCAACAGCAUUGGAGUAGGAAACAAAUUUUUAGUUUGAAAUUGGUCUUGCUCUUGACUAUCAAGCAAUGGUGUACAGGCUUGCUGCCUAAAGUCUUGGUUGUGAUAUGUAUGUAGUGAAUCGUAUAGGAUAUAUUUUCCUUCGUGUUUUUCAUCACCCUACAAGGUCAUAACAAUAUUUUAGCCUGGUUGGUCUGCUAGACCAUCUGCUGUUUAAACCAUUGAGUUGGAUCCAGUCCUAUAACUUUGUUUAUCA